CUCUCUUAUUUACACACACAUACACACAGUAACGUUCCUAAUUUUCCCAUUUUCCCAUUUUCCCAUUUUCCCCUCUCUCUCUCUCCCUCUCUCUUUUUCUAUCUAUCGUAGCUCCCAAGUCCCAACAAACACUCACUGCAAGCAAAAAAACAGAGAGUAGUAGAUUCAAAGGAAGCACAAAGUCCCCCCCUUACAAAAAAGCCCAAAAAACACCUUCUAAUUCGGUCCUUAGAUCUCUUAAUUUAUUCCUUUCCAAAGACAGAAGCUGAGGUGAAGAGUCUUGAGUUAGGAAAGAAGAAGAAGAUUCUGUUUCUGGGUUUUGAUUUUUUGUAGCAUUUGUGGUUAGCACAAGAAGAAAUAAAUGGAGAAAAGCACUCCAGUUCGAAAAUCACACACUAACACUGCAGAUCUGCUCACUUGGUCGGAAAAUCCGCCGGAAAAUUCCCAGGCAAUCGGUUCUGCUGCUUCCGCUGCCCGUUCUCGUCAGCCGUCUGAUGGGAUCCAAAAGGUGGUAUUUGGUGGUCAAGUGACAGAUGAGGAAGUUGAGAGCUUGAACAAGAGGAAACCAUGUUCAGGUUAUAAACUAAAGGAGAUGACAGGUAGCGGUAUUUUUGUAUCUGAUGGAGAAAAUGGCAUUUUAGAAUCUGACAGUGCUAAUCCCAUCCCAAAUAGAAGGAUGUAUCAGCAAGCUGUAUCUGGUAUAAGUCAAAUUUCAUUUGGUGAUGAAGACACCGUGUCUCCAAAGAAGCCAGUCACUAUCCCUGAAGUGGCAAAGCAGAGGGAACUAAGUGGAACUCUAGAAAGUGAGUCUGAGAUGAAGUUGAAGAAACAAAUUUCUGAUGCAAAAACCAAGGAGCUUGUUGGACAUGACAUCUUUGCUCCCCCACCUGAAAUUCAACCUCGUCCAUCUACUGCUCGUGCAUUGGCAUUAAGAGAAAGCAUUACCAUUGGAGAACCUGCACCAACUAAUGGUGAUUCGUCUGGUGACGAACAAGUGGUCAAGACAGCCAAGAAGAUUCCUGAAAAGAAACUUGCAGAGCUCACAGGAAAUGACAUUUUCAAGGGCGAUAAUCCUCCAGCAUCAGCUGAGAAGCAUCUGAGCUCAGCAAAGUUGCGAGAAAUGAGUGGAAGCAAUAUAUUCGCAGAUGGGAAAGUAGAAUCUCGGGACUUCUAUGGCGGGGUUCGCAAGCCUCCAGGUGGGGAGAGCAGCAUUGCAUUGGUGUAACUUGCUAGGUCUAACUCAAUUUACAUCAUUAAUUUGUGUUUCCUUUUAUCCAUUAUUUGUAGUUGGGGUUUGGUUCUGAUGUGAUUUGACCAGUGUUCUGGAAUUUAUGUCCUUAGGAUCUUAUUUGACAUGUCAACCAGAACUAAGAACUUUUGGCUAAUUGGGUUGUAUGUUCAUAAAUAUCUCUUUCUGGUGGACUUUGUUUUUGUGAUGAUGUGUCAUCUGAGUUCAAUUAAUUAAUUAAUAGUAUUUGUGUUUUUUUUCUG